AUGAGAUUAUAUGAUACCCUGAAUACGAAAAAGUAUUGGAUGUCAAGUCUAUGCUAAUUAGUCAAUGAUAUUAUCAAAGAAAUGCGUAUUAAUGUUUCUUUAUACAUCUCAUACAAAUUUUCAAGGUUGUUAUUCAAUAUAAGUUAAAUUAUGAAAUAAAAAGAAAUGUAUAAGUUGUUAGUGUUUUAUUUAUUAUCUUUAAAAUCACAUUGAAUACAGAGAAAAGACCUAUAGAAAAAGAUUUUAUAUAUACAUAUAUAUCAGGUUUGUAAUUACAAUAUAAAGGUCAAUAAUUUUUAUUAAGUUUUCUAAUGAAGUUUAUAAUGUUACAGCAAUGAGUUAUUCUAAAGAAGAGAUAGAGAAGAAACGUCUAUUAGCUUUACAACGUAGAAAGCAAGCUCAAUUGAGAAACAUUCCAUUUAAUUUUAAUGCAAAUACAAAAAAUGUUUCUUUUACUAAUAAUAAUAUUACAGCUAAUGAAAAUAUAUCAAGCAACAUCUCAAAAAAUUUUGGACAAGGUUCAUUAAGAUAUGUUGAUGACAAUAAAGCAAGAUUUAGAAACAAUUCCUUUAAAAAUAAUAAUAAGUUCAAUAAAAAAAAAGGACGAUUUAGUCCUAUGUCAACAAAGAAGUUUUUUGGUGAGAAAUCUUGCAUUACAGUGAAAUGUUAUAUGAUAACUGAUGAAAGAUUUGUGUUAGAAACCUCAUCAUAUUUUGCUCCAUUUGUUGAAACAAUAAAAACAAUUCCAAGCAGAUUAUAUGACAUAAACACUAAACAAUGGAAUUUUCUUUUAAAAGACUAUGAAACAGUGAUGGAAAAAGCUAUUAAUUUCAAAUCUGACAUACAAAUCAUAGGAUUACCAAACACAGUCCUUCAGCUAUGGAAUAUCUAGGAGUGGUCGUUGUAUGAUUGCUGAUGAUAUGGGUCUAGGGAAAACCAUUCAGGCAUUAGGCAUUGCACAUUAUUUUAGAAACAAUUGGCCACUCCUUAUUGUUGUACCCGCUUCAAUCAGAUAUCAAUGGGAAGAAGCAAUACAUACAUUUUUACCAUCUAUACCUGCACAUUACAUUUACCAAUUUGCAAAUGCUAAAGAUUUUUAUGAUAACAGUAAAAUUAUUAUUAUAACAUAUGAUCUCCUAGUCCGGGCGCUAGAUACAUUUGAACGCAAAAUUUUUGGUUUUGUUAUUUUGGAUGAAUCUCAUGCUUUGAAAAGUGUAAAGACUGCGAGGUUUAAAGCUGCACAAAGUAUAACAAAGACUGCACGACACGUUGUUUUGCUAUCUGGAACACCUGCUUUAUCAAGACCCAUAGAAUUAUAUUCUCAAAUAAAUCUUAUAAUGCCAAAUUUUAUGGGAUAUGAAGAAUAUGGAAUUCGAUAUUGUGCAGGAGAAAAAACUUCAUUUGGUUGGAACUUUAAUGGAUCAUCAAAUACACAAGAAUUGCAAUUGUUAUUAAAACGGACUUGCGUAAUUCGAAGAUUAAAAAAUGAGAUUUUAAAUCAAUUACCAACAAAAAAAAGACAAGUUGUUAUGCUAGAUACGGAACUAAUAAAAGCUGGCACUGAACAAAUGAAAGCAAUGUCUACGAAAUUAAAACGAAAUUUAAAUGGUAUGGAAAGACAUCAGACUCUUUUAAUGUACUAUAAUGAAUCUAGUAUUGCUAAAGAGGGAGCUGUA